GCGACGCCUGCUGAACGCCGUUCUCGUAGAACUCUUGCGUGGUGUCUAUAUACAGGACCCCCUCAGAAACACAAGGAAUUGUGCUUCCCGACCGAAAGGAGCAACUACGUCUGUGCUGAUCGAGGUUACAAGAAAUUUCGAAAGUUGCAAGGCAUUAUGAAGGCUCCCAUUCGUGACCGCGUGGUCUACUCACCAGUACCCAAGUGUGAGAUUCCCGAAUGCUCUUUCUACACUUUGGCCAAAGAGCAACUGCUGGUGAACCCUGACAAACCAUCACUGGUCAGUGAUGUUGUCAGCCUCACGCGGAAGGAAACGCUGGCUCACAUGGAGCGAUAUGCUAUUGGUUUCCGGAACAACGGCGUAGCUCCAGGUCACCGCAUCUGCAUCCACCUGGACAAUGGAGUGGAAAACCUGGUAGCUAUUUAUGGCUGCAUAUUGGCCGGGGCAAUCGUCGUCUUAGCAAAACCGUCGCUCACCGAAAAUGAGCUGCGCUAUCAGUGUGAAGAUAGCGAGAGUACGCAUAUUCUCACUGAACAGAAGUACGCUGAAAAAGUUAUCAGAACAGCGGCGGCACUCAGCAUGAAGACGAAGCGAGACUUCUCGGAGGAGCCCGUUGAAAAGCCUCGCGACACAGUGCUCGCCCUGAUUUACACCUCUGGAAGCACUGGCUUGCCGAAGGGAACAGAGAUCACGCAUUACAACUACGUGACUGCCUUCUACUGUUCAACGUAA